ACAGGUGUGAUCCGGUCUGUCUUCUUUUUGUGUUCAGUACUUUAAUGCCACAUCUUCAGAUCAAAUCAAAUCAAAUCAGGUAUUUAAAGGUGAACAGUUUAUCAGAGACAGCAUUUGUGCUCCUGAGUCUCUUACUCUGUUUCUCUCUGAAGAAGAAUCCGCUGAUCUCAGGUUUUCUCAACAAACAGCAGAAUCUCUGAUGACACACACUGCUCCUCUUUGUGGAGUAAAGCAUGUUCCCUUCCUACCUGCUCUCAAACAGAGCCAGCUACCCCCUCUCAAGUUAUUUCAAGAGGAAGAUUGUCACCAGCCUGACCAUGCGCCAGCUCCCAGAGGCCCUGUCCCAGGCAGGCCUUCAGUUUUCUGGGGCCACUGAGGAGGACUUUGAUGAGAUCAUGGGCAUAAGCCAGGGUAUAGAUGGAGGCCUCGACUACCUGCCCACGAGAUACACCGACUGGCUGCAGGAGACCAACCGCACCGUCAUAUUGGCCCGCAAACAGGGAAAAGUAAUUGCUCUGGAGUCAGUGUUUGUGAUUGACGAUGGGGAGACUAUGCUGGUGCAAGCUCUACGCGUCGCCCCUCAGGAAAGGGGUAAGGGUGUGGUUGGGGUUCUGCUGCGCUUUUGCUCUGAUCUGGUCAAAUCCAAGUUCCCUGAUGUCAAAGUAACCCGCUUGACCCGUGAUCAGCUCGGACCAAAGGAUUUCCAGAAAUAUCGCCUCAUAACCAAGCAGGGUAUUCUCCUGGUGCGCUUCAGGGCUGAAGAACUCAAGCUGCGUCUGUCUGAUCUUGGUCUUGGAGAUAUUCAAUCUUCUUUGUCCACCUCCUUCAAACCUCCUCCAGUGCGUCUCGACAAUACAGCCAUCCGCCGGCUGUAUCUGACCUCUGAUCGGAUGCAUGGGGUCCUUCCUAACGCCACCAUCAUUCAAGAUUCUCAGCCAUUCAAGCUUCUACCCAGUAACAUGGCUAUUCUACUGAAGAAGGACAUUGACUGGAUGGUCGAUGAUGUGGCCAACCCUACUGUGGCCAGCCUCUGUACAUUCCCUUACAGGGUGCCCAUUGGAAAUGACUGGUAUUCCCUGAACAUUAACAUGUUCGGUAAGGAACUGGAUCCUGUCCAACAGCAGCUCCUGUGCCACCUGCAGCGCCACACUGCCACUCUGAAGGGUCACGUGAUGUGCCAGGUGUUCCUGGACCCCCCACUCUGGAAGCCCAUGAUGGAAUUCUGCCGCAACAUCUUGAACGUGGAGCUGGUGAAGGAGUACACCCAGCAAUGCGUGGUGGAGUCAGACGUCAUGUAGCUACGGGAGGUGGAUGGAGAGGAGUAGGAGACGUUCGAGCCAGAAAGGAAUAAGGAC